GGCUGAUAUAGAUGACGAACAACAAGUGAUGUUUUGCUUCGACGCCGCUGGCAGUCAUGCUGAUGGCAGUUUGGCCAGCGGUCCUGCUUGCACUGCUGGCCCCUGCUGCGGCACAGGGACGCCUAGGAGUGCUGAUGAGAUGUUUUUUUCCUCAUCAUGUUCAUUAUUUUCUCCCAAGGCAAGGGGCACUGCCCCUUGAAUUGUUUUGCCAGGGAACUCCCCAGUUUGGGAUAAACUGAUCGAUGAUUUUCACACAUCGGCCGCCUCCCCCCAAGGCAUCGGCAAUUUGUCCGGUGAAGUGGCCCGGCGCUCCUGCGCGUUGGGGCGCCACGACUGCAGCCGUCAGGGCCGCAGACUGCUCUUGGCCGGUGGCUACCUGCUGCCGAGCUGUUUCGAUGUCCGCCUUCGCCGGCGCUGUGUCAGUGGUCCUCCACCAGCGAGCCCAAUGGGCCGCGAAGCAGUUGUGGAGGAGGUCGACGCGACCUACGAGUCAGCUGUGGUGAAUGCCUCUUUGGUCCUCCGUUUUCACCUGGCCACGCUGUUGGAAUACACCCAGCGUGCCGAGGCAGUGCGGCAAGUGGGAGAUGUUGAGGCCUCAUGGGUCGCGAUCUUGCGCGGCGCCCUGAGCCAAAGGAGCCGAAGAAGGUCCAGGAGCUUCCGCUAUCACGUGCUGGAUCCGAUGCCGGAGCUGGUGGCCUUUCUGGAGAAGCAUCCGAAGUUCAAGGCGCUUGGAAUCCAAGUGGAUUUCGCAGAUUCAGUUGAUGCGGAUGUGCUUUUCUUUGCUUCCUCGCGCCUGCUGGACUUCUCUUUGGUCACUGGCUCUACCAGGUAUAUCUUGGUGCAUGGAACUCAAGAGGCUGUUGGAUCAGCACAUACGUUGGAUCAGAUGCAGAGUUGGCUUGAUGUCAACAAAGCCUGGCGCUUUGCGGAAUAUUCUGCCCUUGGUUCAGGCUUUGCAGUAUUGGAGAGGAGCCAGAGGAGUUGGGAAAGGCCUGCGAAUUGUUCCUGGGACGCCUCGGCUUGGAGCAAUGCUAUGAGGUUGGCUUCCGAACUGCUGGUGGUGCAACAUGAGUAUCCCAGCUCCUUAGGCGCCACCUGGCGCGUGGAUGGCCCCGUGCUGCAGUCCAUGUCCCGCAAGCUGCAGGCGUUGCGGCGCAGCUGUGUAGGCUCCCUGGAGAUCCAGGCGGCACAGCUGAUCCUGAGACGCUUUCGACGGGGGGAAGAACAAUUGAUGAAAGGAGACUUUUUUGAGACUCCAAGUUUGGUUGCAGUUCCUGGCCUUCCCAUCGAAGUGGCAGAAUCUCAUCCAGAGCUUUCACUGCUUCUGUUAUACAGUGGACUUCCAACAGAGACCUAUCGCCAGUUGCUGGACAUCUCCAUUGCUCGGUGGCCUCAUCGAGUGGAGUUCUGGUACCUCUUGGCGCUGUCUCCAGAGGGGCAGAGCACCACUCGCGUGCACGCGAUCCGCAGAUGUGUCAGCUUGGCACACUUCGAUCGUUCCAUCGUCCACCAGCUGCUGAAGCUGCUGAAUCAGCUCUUCCAUGCCCGAGAGGCACGGCUCCUUUGGGCCGCCGUGGCGGGAAAUCGCUCGAAGCCCUGGGACGAUCGCCGUCGUUCUGCCUUCAGCUCCACCUGGGUGGCGCAGGUCGUCCAUGGCGCCGUCUUCCCCGGCUCCGCCUGGCUGGCGGAGCAUCCGGAGUUUGCCUUUGCUCAGCAGCUCAUGGAAGCGCGCGCCCAGGAGCUCCUUCAAGAACAGUUGAAGAUCAUCCAGACUUAUUCUUCCUCCAAGGUGAACGGCUACUGCAAAGACAAUGGCUGGUGCGAGUAUGUCUUCCUGAUGUUCGAAUAUUGCCACUUCCUCUCGGAGUGUGUGAAGGUUCCCAAGACCUGUCGUGCAAUGCAAGAGAUGGAGCAAAAGGGCCUUCGUUUACUUCGUGCUUCCCUAUCACUAGCAGGAAGUCCUGAAGUGGAGGCGAGCGAUAUGCAUCGACGACACGUCUACAUCCAGCCACACGCCUCGCCGGAGAUCGGACGGAUGCGGCUCUCGUGUACCCUGGUGGUCUCUCCACAGACCAGUUCGACCCUUCGCAUUGAGGGCGAACGCCCCAGAGUCUAUCAGCCUGGAAAGUGCUUUUGGUUCGAUGAAUCCAUGACACAUGAGAUGGACUUUGAAGCCAAUGGGCCGGAAACCUUGCGUGCCACGCUCUACUUGGAUGCACUCCAUCCUGGCUACUAUGGAGAACAGAGCAUCCAGCACAGGUACUAUCCCAUCCCCAAUUCCGUCCCCUGGUGGCGCACGAUCCUCGAACGCCUGGCAUCGCAGCACCGCAGCACGCCUCCUACUAUCGGUGCUAGCCCGCAGCACUAUUCAGCAGCACCUCGACAGCUGCUGCCGUGGCUGUCCUAUGCAGUGGAGGCCCACCAAGUGGAUGCAGAUAUUUGUUUACGAGGUGACUUUGGUCGCCUCUUUCACGACAACGCCUUUUGGAACCCGGGAGACCGACACCGCCCCUUGACGAUGUUGCAGCUCUUCCAGCGGAUGCGCACGCUGGAGCACUUGGGGACUGUCGAUCCGGACUUGAGGUCUCUGUUGGAAAGGAAUCGACGCUUCACGCAGCAAGACCUGGACGAGUUAACGCAGGAUACAUGGACUUGCUUGGCGCUGGGCUGCCAGGGAUGCAAGGCGCUGGAGAUGUUUGGACUUUGCUGGCAUGACUUGGCUGAGGAAAUCCUUUUGAGAUUGCUUCGAGGAUUCUCGCAGACCUUGCAUUUGCACAUUUAUUUCCUCCGGAGGUGGUUCACUUUGCUUGGCUUGGGUUUUCCUCCCAAGGGCGGCUAUGGCUUGACGCGGGAGCAGCUCUUCAGCAUCCUGCAGGAGCGAAGAUCCGAGGCAGAAGCCUUCUUCAGCGAGGUGAGUUGAAAAGAGGCGCUUGACCAAGGUCUAUGGCAUGCGUUGAACAUCCGAAAUCGCCUGAGCGUUAAGCAUUUGACACUUCAGCCACGAAAGGG